AUGAAGCAUAUCAGUCAGCUCGAAAAUUUUGUGCAUCCGCCCUUAGAAGGCAAGGAAGUGAAGAAUAUCCUUCUGUCUGCUGUAUAUAAUGACGCAUCCGCGAAAUUGCGCAUCUAUCAGCGUAGUCAAAUGAUAAAUGCUACACGCUUCAUGCCUAAAAAGCCUGUAACCAAAUGUCAUCAGAGCUCACGCCGCAGCUCUACAAAAGUGACCAGCCAAGCUAUUUACGGCGAAGAAAAUGUGCCUAACGAAAGAAUACUAAACGAAAUAAAACUCGAUCAGGAGUUGACAUUGCUUCGUAAAAUUUAUGCCAUAGCGCUCUCUGAACUCGACUACUCCUCGGAGAGCACUACUGACGCUACGGAAACGCAAACGGAAACGGAAACGGAUGCGCCGAAGGCGAGCAGACCACAUGCCCAAUUAUACGCUGCUAUUGAAGCACAACGGCCAGACAAGAACGAGGUAGAGCAAGCGCUAAGUACGCUAGAAGCCAACAAAGCAACACUCAAAGCGUUGAAAUCGCAAUUGGCUGAGGAGCAUAAAGCGGCGGAGGAUAAACUGGCCGAACAAGACGAGUGCAUUGCUACGCUGCGUCAUAAUUUACGUAAUGUGCGUCUACUCAACGAUCUGGAGUUGCGUUUGGUACAACGUUGGGAGGAGAACCGCUACACACAAGCGAGCAUUGUGGGAGCGAAUGAGGAACGGACAUUGCAGCAGCAAAUUGACGGAUUGCGCCAACGUAUGGCUGACGAGGAGCGCAUCAUUGCCGCAGUGGAUAGGUUUAGUGUGAAACAGUUUGCUGAAUUGAAUGCGAGUAUUGUCGCUUGGCAAACGAAGUAUGCGCGUGUGUGGGAGAUCAAAUGCGACGAGAUACAAGCAAAAGAACGUCAAAUACAGCAACUACAAAAGUCGUUCGAACGCCACCGGGAGACUUAUGCCGCGCGUAAGCAAUUUGUGCACGACUAUUUGUCUGAAAAGGAAGUGGAGCGGCAGUUGUACGAGCAACAAAUCUAUCGUGUGCAAUGCGCUGUACGGAUACAGGCGUGGUGGCGUGGUUUGAUGGUGCGUCGCGGUCUGGGGCCGUUCAAGAAAAAAUCGAAAAAGGGCAAGAAGGGAAAGGGCAAAGCUAAGUAA